UCAGGGGCCCUCAAUCACCAUAAAGAAGCCGGGGCCCCAUCCGCAAUUGCGGACUAGCGGUCCGGGCCAGUCCGACUCUGAUUAUCCUUCACAGUUCGCAUUCAUAUAAUUGGUAACCAAUAUUUUAUGGCGUUCAUCAACAUCGCGGCCGUUACGGUCAUCGUUGAGAAUAGAGUAUCACCUAUACUAUUAACAUGGUACCUACUCUAUGGCAGUCUAUACAGAACCGUGAAUCGACUAAUCCCGAUAUAAUGUCCGUUAAAUCGCUUAAUUUUGUUUUUAGCAAAUACUAUUAUUUAUAUUUAUAAUAUUUGAUUUUAAUAUUUUAGAACCUCGAGUAACUCUGAAUCAUACAUUGAAUCUCAUUGUGCAGCUGUGAGGAGUAUGUGAACGCAUUAUUUCAGAGAGAAGAAAACUUCGUUUAUAUUUAUUUUAUAUAUUACUACCUAGUGUUUAAUAUUAUAAGAGAAUAUAACUACGAAUCGAGAUAAAAUGACAUCUACUCCCGAGCUGGAAGAAAAACCCCUAACAGGAUUCUCAAAGUAUUUCAACACAACUACUAUAAACGGUCGGGUGAAUAUUUCCUGUGCUACAUUUGCAACACUAGGAAUGUUUUUGCUGUACAUGAAGUUCAAACCAAAGAUUGAAAAAAUAUCACAUACAAGCAAUGAAAAAUAAAUACACAAAAAGUUAUUUAUUUUUUUGUAAAUUUUUUCUUUUCAAUAUAUAUAGUGGUUUUCAUUUUUCAAAAUUCUAUUUAGAAAACAAAAAAAAUAUAUAUGUAAUAAUGAAAAUAAAAUGAUAAUAAUAACUGGUAUUCUUUUAUAAUAAAUAUAAUUAUUUACUAAAAUAAUAUGGUUUUCAAAAUUAUGAUAUUUUUAUUUACAAAAGCAAAUUGAAAUGUAUUAAAAGUAUACGUUUAAUAUUAAAGUAACACACGCAAGUUUGUAAAACCUGUUAAAACAAAUGUAGUGUCUCCUAUCAACUUAAAUGCCCCUUAGAUAAAAA